AAGAAUAAACAGACAGAGAUCUCUUCCGGAGUCACUGACGGCUGGUGGCGGAAGUACUGUGGCCAUAUGAUCGCAUGAUGUCCGUUGUUGCCGGUAGUUAUGGUGUCUUUCUCGGAGGUGCUGUGUCUCGUGCUGGUGGCUCUACUGUGGGGAGGUACGAACCCUUUUCUGAAAAGAGGCACUGAAGGAAUUGAGGAAGUAAAAAAGGGCAACGCUGUACUUCAGUUCUUGGGAGAGCUGAAGUUUCUGUUCCUCAACAUCAAGUGCUUGGUGCCGUUCGUGUUGAAUCAGAGCGGAUCCCUGGUAUAUUAUCUCACACUGGCAACCACAGACCUGUCCCUGGCUGUACCUGUGGCCAACUCCCUCACCUUCCUGUUCACGCUUCUCACCGGGAAACUCCUGGGAGAAGAUAUCGGAGGCAAAAGAGCCGUGGCGGGAAUGUGCCUGACGAUGCUGGGAGUCACGCUGUGUGUCGCCAGCUCCAUCGGCGAGGACAGCGACGCCGCGUAGAUUUCCCUCGGGCAGCGGCAACCGUGGAACGGAGGCCAUGUUAAUCGCCAUAGAAACCAAGUCACCUUCCUGCUCGUCGUCACCGAACUCAGCCGCAGCGGUUCCUCAUUCCGUUCGGAGGGGUGUUCAUCCCCUGGUACUGCAGAGCUGCCCGGGACUGCUGGUCUUCCUCAUUAUUCCACACUUGAUUGGUGGGGUGUAGUACUUUAUUACACCGUUAAAUCUUUUUUCACCUGGUUUCAUUGGUGGUCUGAACUGGUUGUGCUGAUUGCAAGGUGAAAACAAAAACCUGUAAUGGACCAUGCAGCACUUUGGGACCAGGACCAGGACCAGGACCGGGGGGUUGCAGUUCCCUGCCCACACUCCAACCGCUUAACAAAAAACGCAUCAAUUGCCACAGAGUUCCAAAUACAGGUUUUUGGUCGCGUUUAAACACCACAGGGCCCGGCUAAACGAUUGAAUGAUCUGCGUUCAUUAGCACAGAUCUUUUAAAAAAAAAAAAAUAAAAAUAAAAAAUAGUCUGUGGCAAUGAGAUGGCAAACUCUGUGCUUCCUUUGGGUUAUCAAAGGGGCAGGUCCUCCUGAGUAACAAGUAGAACUGUUACCUGAUUGGUCCUGAGGGGGGAAAGGAGAGGACGGGGACCUCAGAGGUGUCCCAACAAUGUUCAAAAAAUGUGGGGAAAAAAAAUUCCAGGCCUGCUUCUAAUUAAUAUUGAAAAGAAAAAAGGAGGCAGUCACAAGAGCUCUUUAGAGGAGACAGAUUGUGUCUGGCUAAUGUUUAGCAACCCAGAGCCCAUCCAUUAGGCAAGCCCCAACAUCGUGGCCACAGGAUCUGUUGUUGGAAUGGAGUACCCUUUGUUGGCAUUUGAUGAAAAGUUUUUUUUUUUAAUUAUUUUUUAAUUACCCCAAAGAUACAGAAUUUGCUCCUUGAGCCAGGUAUACUGCCUUUUGUUAUGGGGUGUAGGUCCCGAUAAGGUAUUUGUCUUCUGUAAAAGGGGCCACAACUUAAGUUUUCUGAAUUUCUGAAAGGAAAUGUUCCUCAAAAGCCAUAGAGCGCAUACAACAUAUUUUUAAUUAACAAAAACCGAGUCUACUUUUGUAAAGCCCUGAGUACUGCAUUUAUUUUAGUAUGACAGAGUAUUAUAGAGUAUAUAUAACCUGCCGCUUUGCAGGUUAACAUUAUUUUUAUAAAAUUUACUCUGUGUAAAUAGAAAAUAGAUUAUACCUCAGUAUUAUAAUGUACAAAUGUCAGACCAAAAUAUGUGCAUUUUCAGUUGUCUGCAGUAAUAACAGUGUUUGUUACAUGUACAAAUGUAUUUAAAAUUUAUACUGAAUUCAGUUCUAAAUAAAAACUGAAUUUUUUGUU